CGGGGACGGAACUCUACGAGGUGACACAUUUCGACACAACACCAUUGGGGUUCUGCGCUCAUGCCUGCUUGUUGAAAUGUUUCCCAUCCGGAGAAAGGCUACAGCAGCGAGCCGGUAGUUCGCUCGAAUCCAUUCAGCAGAUAUUACUAUUCUAACCGAAGUGAAACGAGGUGAAAAUGAGUUCCGCUCCGCAGAAGAGGUCCUACGGGAAGCUGCCUGUGUGGAUAGUGGAGGACCACCACGAAGUGGUACAUCACAUUUAUCGAGCUAUUGCAUCAAGACACCUCCCACUCAGCAACAUCAAGUUAGUUCACCUGGACUCUCAUCCGGACUUACUGAUACCUGUCAACAUGUCAGCGGACAUCGUGUUUGACAAGGAGAAGCUCCUCAGUGAGCUGAGCAUAGAGAACUGGAUAAUGCCCAUGGUGUACGCUGGUCAUGUGUCCUGUGUGGCAUGGCUGCAUCCAUACUGGUCCCAGCAGAUCAGAGAAGGAGAGCACAGGAUGAAUGUCGGCAGAGACUCCUCCACCAACACCAUCAGGGUGACCAGCACAGACAGCUACUUCCUCAGCGAUGGCCUCUAUGUUUCUGACCAGCAUUUACUCAACUCCAAACCGUUCCGACUCAACGUGGUGAGAGUCAAUCCUAUCAAACCAGCUCCUGCUUUGGCAACAAAAGGGUUUGACACCGAGAGGUGUUCAGCUAAGAGAUCUCGGACAGAUGAGGACGGGGAGACCAGCUGUUCCUCAGCCCUCUCAUCAGGAAGUGUAGCACCACAGCCAGCAGAGGGCAGCAACAGCAAGGAGCAACAUCUCAGAGAUGGAGACGACCGCGAUGGAUCAACCAGCUACGUUGUUGAGAGAAUAGCUUCAGUUCUUAACGUAGCAGAUGCAUAUGUCCUGGACAUUGACUUGGAUUUCUUCUCCUGUAAAAAUCCCUUUAAGGAGUUGUACACAGAGGAAGAAUAUUCCAUUCUUAAGGAGCUCUACAACUUUAGAGGGCCCAGUCUCUGUGCUGAUGAGGAAGAGCUUGAAGAGUGUGUAGAUCAUCGCGUACGUCAGCUAGAAGACCUAGAAGCCACGUUUGCUGAUCUGCUGGAGGACGAUGGAGAGGAGGCAGUGGCACGCUGGGCCAGUAACCCGGGCAUGUCUUCUUUGUCCCAACUGGUGUCCAGUUUGAAGGCUAGACAUGCGUGUCCCGACUAUGAAAUGGUCCACCAGGCGGGUCUAACCUGUGACUCGAUGGAGCUUCCGCACCACAUCAGCUCUGAUGAUGAGAUUGAUGGACUCAUUCUGGCUGUGCAGCUUUUUCUGAAGGCUCUGCCCACACCCACACUUGUGACCAUGUCCAGGUCCAGUCUGGAUGAGUACUGCCCAGCUGAGCAGGUGGAUUCAGUCCAGAGUCGAGUUCUGGCUGUCCUGGAGGGCCUGUAUGGUCUGCUGUCUGUGUAUGAAGACUAUAAAGGCAACAGCAAAGAAACCCUAGACCCUCCAACAAAAACAGAUUCAACUGUGUGAACGUGUGUGAUCUUGCUGCUGUGGGAUGCGCUCUAUGCAUCUGCGUGUUGAGUGUAGGUAGGAACAAUCCUGAACACGACACGUUCACUCGCUGAAUGUCAACUCUGUGUUUUAAAUGUUCUGUAUGAAGGAGCAGCGUUUUAUUUCUGAAACAAAUCUUAGUCUCAGUUUGUCAGGUUGGGAUGAGGAUUAUAUCCUAAUUUGUUUCCAUCUGGAGUCACUGAGCUGGACAAACACAUAGAAACCAGUUAAAAAAGUCUGAUCGCGGUCGUUUGUCGCCUCUUGUGUGUCGAGCCCAUUAAUGUAAAAAAGAAACUCUAAAUAAACUAUGUUCACAUCCAGAAUCGAAUCCAGGUCUUCUGCAUGAGAGUCCGACGUCUUACUAGGUGAGCUAAAGCACCAGUGACAUAUUUUGUAUCUGUAACAUUUAUAUCCUUGAUGACAGCUGAAACAACGUUCAAAGAACGGUUCGGAGUGAAAAUGGCUAUUUUGUUGCUAAUUAGCAGGAAAUAUCUAGAAGAAAGUUCUACAGAAAGUAGCUAAGGGUCCUCAGAAAUGUAGCUAGCUUUGUCACUAGGCGUUAGGAACAGCGACAAAGUGGCACUGCCUCUCUCUCUGCUGCUAAAGCUACGGAUAGCAAAUGCUACGGGCGAUGCCUGAGCGUGAACGCGCAUGAAGCAGCCUGCUCGACCCGAGCAUCUCUCUUUUUCUGUGAUUUUACAGAAAAACAGGCAAUCACAGUAAAAAUGCCAGGGCUCAUUCUACAGGACCAGGGCAUUGCAGGAGAAUGUAUGAAGAAGACAUUUAUUAUUUCUACACAUGUUUUGGCUGUCACACUUCCAUAAUGCCCCUUUAAAUACAAAGUUACUCUUCAUAGAUCCAAACAAAAGCACAGAUUUCAGCUUCCUCCACAAGUAAUUAGAAGUAAUUAGAAUAAAAAUAUUAAAUCUGGUCCAAAGCUAAUCUUGUUUUCAUCAGCUGUGGUAAUUAAAGGCGACAGCUUUACUUCUACAUGAUGACUGAUGGGAUCUAAAAAACUAACAGGCUACAGGAGGUUUAUAAACAGGUUUUAUUGCAUCUUUUAAAGGAUCAUUUGACUUUAAGUGUAGUUUUACCACUCGAGUAUUUUUCAGUGUCCGCUGUUGUUUGUGUUUGGUGUUACUUUUCCACUCAUCUCCAGCUUGAUUGCUUUACCACAAGCAGAAAUUUGUAUUGUAGAUAAUAGUCAUUUUUUAUAUGUAUUCAGAUUAAAAGAAUUUAAAAGCA